UGUAAAAGCACGAUGAAGACAAAAUAUUUGUUAUUAUGGAAAUUCACAAGUACUUACUGCGUUUUAUUUCAUUUCACGGCAUAUCGUGAUUUAUUUACAGAACGUGUGCAUAAAGGUACGUAGACCUUCGACAGCACAAUAAUACAUUUCCGUUCCGAGUUUAACUCACUAUUGUUGAACAUUGACUAAAUAGAUUGGCCACAUCCCAUUCCAUCAGAGUGCUCAACAGCUCAUGUCCGACUUUCCUCAACGUUUCUCCCCAUCUUUGAUUUUAUUGACAACCAUUGGUUGUUAUUGACGCUUUUAGGAUACGCUGUAAACACCGAUUGUUGGAAAUCCACAGUAAAGGUUAGCUAACCUUGGCGUUAGCAAACGAGCUCCGGGGAUGGCGGAGGUUCCUGGGACGUCAAGUGAGACGAUAACGGAGACUGUUCAAACCAGCACACCGCCACCGCCCCAGCAGGAGGGACGCAGUUUGACAAUCAAGCUGAGGAAGAGGAAAACUGAGAAAAAGGUGGAAUGGUCCAGUGACACAGUUGACAAUGAGCACCUGGGGAGGAGGUCUUCCAAAUGCUGCUGCAUUUAUGAGAAGCCUCGACAGUUCGGCGAGUCGUCCUCUGAAAGCGAGGGAGAUGACGACGAGGAAGGGUGUGGCAGCGCGCAGUGCAUCCUGGGCCACGGACGGCGGGAUCACGGGCAGAGGGAGGGCGCGGGACCCACUGCGCCCCCUAAGUCUGGAAGGUCACAUGCUCAUUAGGUAGCCCUGCAAAGGGGAGAAGACAAAGAGGUGAAGGUGCAAGCUUUGUGCUCGUGUCUCGGAUCUGAGAGAAUUCACUUCACUGAACAUCGCAACAUGUUCCGCGGAUCACGCAGUUAUUUCAUUCAAACAUUUUUUUCUGUAUUAUACGUACCUUUGCCUCCCAUGCACAGCGAUACGAUAUGUACGUUGGUCUUGUCCUGGUAACGCACAUUUCUGUAAAUACAAUUAAGCGUAAUGGGAUCCGACUGAAUGUGAAUUAAAAGUUUUGAACGGC